AUGAGUUCUAACUCCUCCAUUGCUUCUAACUCUAUUGAUUCUUUCAAUGGAAUUGAUAGCGUGGAUUCUAAGAUAACUCUUUCAAAGAUUGUUGUUGACGUGGUUAUGGAGCAUGGUGUUACACUUGAUGAAGAAGAUGAAAUAGCCUGCAUAUAUUGUGAGCACUAUGUAACAACUCGCGGGGUUUAUCAAUUUUUACAUCACUUGGCUGGAACUGAAACUAAACCUUGUGACGGUGUUAGUGAAGAGGUGAAGAAUGAAAUGAUGGAGAUUCUUACCAUAAACAUGGGUUUAAAGCCAAUCUCUGUUGCUUCUAGCCCUAGUGGUUCCUUCUAUGGAGAUGUUAGUGUGGAUUCGUCAAAGAAUGUUAUGGAUUCGUCAAAGAGUGUUAUUGAUGUGAUUUUGGAGCAUAGUGUUUUACUUGACGAAGGUCUACUACAACGUUGUCGAUAUUGUGAUGAUUACUUAGCAACUCAUGGGGGUUACCAUUUCUUAUGCCACUUGGCUGGAACUGAAAAUGAUGUUAAAGCUUGCGAGGGUAUUGCGGAAGAGGUGAAGAAGGAAGUGUUGGACAUUUUUCAUGCUUUCCGAGAGAGUAACACGAAGGGGUGUGUUAGCGUUGGUGAAAAAAGAAAAUGCAAUGAAGUGGCUGUUGAGAGCUCUAGAGAAGUUUCCAAGAGGAGGAAGAGAGAUGGCUCGCAAGCCGCCGUCAAGAAUGAGGUUAAGAAGAGUUUGAGAGAGGAAACAUAUCGAGCAAUUGCGAGUUUUUUCUACAACAAUGGCAUACCGCUGGAUGCAGUAAAGAGUGAUGAAUUUAAGUGUAUGUGUGAUUUGGUUUCAAGACAUGGCUUAGGGUUUGAGCUACCUUCUUUUGAUGACAUUAAAGGGAAAUUAUGA